UUUUUUUUUUAUGUAAAGGAAAAAGCGUAGCACCCCCGGCCCUGUCACCGAGAAAUUGAUGUCCGGGGAAGACUUUUACUAAAUGUUGGGGUAGUAAUCCAUUUGAUUUCGAUGCUUGUGGCCGUCGCGAGAAGCAUAUUAGGAUCACUAGAAGUUCGAGCCUAGUGAACAAGACGUAAUGUUUCUCAUUAAUUGACAGAGGAUCUCUGUAGUAGUAACAGCACCCCCGAGACGGCAGCAUUCUUCCCGCGCUGAAUAAGAAGAGGGAAAAAUCCGCCAUGACCUCCGCUACCAAAUUCAAGGUGCAGCGGUGGCGCCCAAGGUCAGGUCCCGUGAGACAUCCCUCUCCUCUCCGGCUCUGUGCCGGCCGGCCUCUCGACUCCGGCCCCACGAUGUCUCCCCAACUCUGCGCAUCGCGUCCAUGAGCCGCAGGCAAUACCUUUCAAUUGGCAGGGGUGGGCAUAUCGAGGCCCUCCAUGAACUUUUUUGACCAUGUUUGGUAACCUAUUAGUGCCACCUCCGAUACCGUUGCCAAAUGCUAUAAUAGCUCCUCCCCCAGCUUCCAACUUCACCUCCAAUCUCUCCAGGACAUCUUAACUCACUUUCCUCUCUCGCAAGCACAGAAUACCCAGAGGAAAUUCCCGCUUCGUCCAGAGAUCUUUGCAAGCUUCACAAUGCCUUCCUUCGUUGAGUCCCCCGUUCGCACGGAGAUUCCUGGCCCUGUCUCCAAGGCCAGCUCCAAGCGUCUGGAUGCCAUUUUCGAUGCCCGUGCCGUUCACUUCGUUGUCGACUACGACAAGUCUCACGAUAACUACAUCGUCGAUGUUGAUGGCAACAAGUACCUCGAUGUCUACGCCCAGAUUGCUUCCAUCCCUGUCGGAUACAACAACGACACUCUGAUCGAGGCUGCCAAGUCCCCCGAAAUGAUCUCCGCUCUCGUCAACCGUCCUGCGAUUGGCAACUUUCCUUCCGACCAAUGGGUCGAUAUCCUCCGUAACGGCCUCAUGAAGGUCGCCCCCAAGGGCCUCAGCUACAUCUUCACUGCUCAGUCCGGAUCUGAGGCCAACGAGCUUGCCUACAAGGCUGCCUUCAUGCUCUACAGUCGCCGCAAGCGUGGCGACGCUGACUGGAAUGAGGAGGAGAUCAACUCUUGCCUUGAGAACUCCAAGCCUGGCUCUCCUGAGCUCGCCAUCAUGAGUUUCAAGAACUCUUUCCACGGCCGUGGUUUCGGCUCCCUCUCCACCACCCGCUCCAAGGCUGUCCACAAGCUUGAUAUCCCUAGCUUCAACUGGCCCCAGGCCCCCUUCCCUGCUCUCAAGUACCCUCUUGAGGAGCACGUCGAGGAGAACGCUGCCGAGGAGAAGCGAUGCCUUGAAGAAGUUGAGCGCAUCAUGACCACGUGGCAUUGCCCCGUUGCCGGUCUCAUUGUUGAGCCCAUUCAGUCCGAGGGUGGUGACAACCACGCCUCCCCGGCUUUCUUCCAGGGUCUCCGUGAUAUUACCAAGAAGCACGGAUCCGUUCUCAUUGCCGACGAGGUGCAGACCGGUUUCGGUGCCACCGGUUCCUUCUGGGGACAUGAUCACUGGAACCUGACCUCUCCUCCAGACAUGGUUACCUUCUCCAAGAAGGCCCAGACUGCUGGUUACUUCUUUGGUAACGAGAUGCUCAUUCCCGAUAAGGCCUACCGUCAGUUCAACACCUGGAUCGGCGACCCUGCCCGUGUCAUCAUGUGCAAGGCUGUCAUCCAGGAGAUUCUUGACAAGAAGCUUGUUGAGCAGACGGCCCGCGUGGGCACUCACCUUUAUGCCGAGCUUGCGCGCCUUGCUGCCAAAUACCCUGAACAUAUCCAGAACCUCCGUGGAAAAGAUCAGGGCACUUUCAUUGCUUUCGAUACCAAGGACCCUGCUGGUCUCGUUCGCUCCAUGCGCCAUAUCGGUGUGAACAUUGGUACUUGCGGCAAGAACACUGUCCGCCUCCGACCUAUGCUCAUCUUCCAAGAGGAGCACAUUCCUAUUCUCAUCAACGCCUUUGACAAGGUUAUUGGUGCUCUGUAAGCUGGAUUUAGCAGGAACAUCGAAAUGGGAUUGGGUUUCUACGCAUCAUGCCUUCUACUAGCGUUGCAUUGAUUUUGGUUUACAUUUUUCAAAGGGUUAUUCUGAGGAUCAAGGGGAAAAGAAAAGAGUUAUCAUACUGGUAAUACACUAGGCGUGGAAACAGAUAGGUGUGUAUCCAAACGGAACCGGAUCACACAAGGCGUUUACCAAGGUUACUGGAACUUAAAAAGAAUUACGAUUACUUAAACAUGGGCCUUUGACCGCAGUUGACAUGAACAAAUGUGAUAUAAAACAACAGAAUUGAUACACAAUAGCCUCAUAGACAUCAACAAGACCUCUUGACCUGAGAACACAAGCCUCGAAGUCAUAAAAAGAUCAAGCCCGAUUUACAAACAUACAGAGGUUCGUGUUAAUGUCGG